AUGGGCCUACCUAUAUGGAAACCAAGAAGACGAUCGAUCGACGAAAUACAAGAGGACAUUCAUAAACAACAAAUACAAAUGGCUCGUUCAUUAUUGAGACAAAGAGUAAAUACUGAGGGAAUGCCGGUCAUCACACGUCAUAGCUAUGAAUCAGCUCUCCACACUCCUUCUCAUGUUCGAAGACAUCGUAUAUCAAGAAGACAGAAUCUACUUACAUCUUCUUUUGGGGAUAGACGACCCAACAGUAAUUCAUCCGUAGAGCAGAGUGAACUCGAUCGUCGAAUUGACCAGUGCAUUUCGGAAAAGGAAGAUUUGCUAGAACAAUUACAAGUGACAGUAUCACUCCUAGAUCAAUUUCUUUCGGCAAGAACAAGGCUGGGGCAAGAGGCAGUGAAUAUACCAGAGUUUAUCACUCAAGACUUACCUGAUAUACUUGAAUCAGCAACAUCAUUAGCUGCCAUGUCACCUUCAGAAUUGGUAUUUUCAUCACCUACGAUAAACACAAGCAGUAAUGUCCAAUCGGUUGUUGAAGCACUCUUACAGAUACCACCUUAUUCUACUCGAGUUCAGGAUGUGGAGGCUAAUAUUCUUUCAGCGCACAGACGUAUUCGACAACAGCUCAAUUCACUAGCUAGUCUAAGGCGUAUACGGUCACCUUCACCUUCAUCUCGUUCACCACCCCGUUCCUCUCCUUUUUCUCGUUCAUCGUCAUCUUCAUCAACAUCUCGUGUAAGAAGCCGUCGUCCCCGUGUAAUCUUUAUUGACACUGAUGCUUCCCCUUAA